AUGACUGUGAAACGGGUCAGCAGUUGUACUGCUGUUCGGAACGACAUGCCUCAUGCUGCUGAGCUGAUGAUAGCAUCAAAUCUCAUCAACAGCGUUGAAGACAACUUUGGCCGGAUGACGCUGUCUAUUGAUGACAUCACCAAGAGUGUUCCUUCAGGAUGCGUUCCACAACUUUCAUCGAGCGGUGUUGAUUGCAACAAAAAUCUUUGCUAUCACCUUAUGUAUCGGACGUUGGACGGCACAUGUAACAAUCUUGACCGACCCAUGCAAGGCCGUGAUUCCGGGCCGUACAUCAGGCAUUUCCCUCCACAGUACGAUGACGUGUAG